AUGUCAGACGAACCGGACAAGCUCUCAACAGCGUUUGCUGACAUACCACUCUCGGGCCACGGCCAGAAGUGGUCUGGUUUCUGGGAGGAAAAGUACACGCCCUGGGAUCGCGGCGGCCCCUCUCUCGCCCUCCUUGAUCUCCUGACGACCCGUCCCGAUCUCGUCCCGCCACCUCUCGCUCCAGCAGGACAAGAACCGUCCAACAACAACAGGCCGACGGCACUGGUACCGGGCUGUGGAAAAGGUCACGACGCUCUUCUCUUAGCUAAUCUAGGAUAUGACGUCCUCGCCCUGGAUUUCUCACCCACUGCAAUCGCCGAAGCGAAAGAGAACCAGAAGGCCAUCAUGGCUAGGCUUGGGGCUGGGGCGGAAGCGGCGGAGGACGACCUCAACGUCUACACCAUUCGCCACCCUAACGGCGCAGAGCCCGGAUCGGUGACGUGGCUCUCGGGCGACUUCUUCGCCGACUCUUGGCUUGAGGAAUGGGGUCGCGAGAAAGUUUUCGACCUCAUAUUUGACUAUACUUUCCUCUGCGCCCUCCCGCCAACUGCCCGCCCCCUCUGGGCAACCCGCAUGGCCACCCUCCUCAGCUCCCGCGGCCGCCUCAUCUGCCUUGAGACCGCCGUGGGGUGUAACCCCGAGAUCUACCUGGCGCUGCUCUCCCGCCCCGGUGAUCCCGUCGAGUUCUCCUCCUCAACGCAGGCGGGCGACGACACCGACGUCGUUGUUGUGCCGUCCUUCAACGAAGACGGCCUCAAGCGCCUGGAGCUCGUCAAGCCCGCUAGGACGCACAGGGCGGGCAUGAAUGAGGACGGCACGGUGCGCGAUUGGAUCCACGUCUGGAGCCAUUGA